AUGCGGGGACUGCUGGGCAGCAGCUGGAGGAAGUUUGGCCACGCUGGCAGGGGGACACACGAGUGGUUAACAAGCGAACCCAGCCUGCCUCUCCUGGAGACCCAGCUACAGGGCACCCAGAGGCUAAGUUCCUCCCACGAGGACGUGGAGCCCUUCCUGUGCACGCUCCUUCCAGCCACCCUCCUGCUCUUCCUGGCCUUUCUGCUGCUGUUCCUGUACCGCCGCUGCAAGUCCCCGCGGCCCCCGGACCAGGUCUUCAGCGUGGACCUCGCAGAGCGCCCGCCCGCCGGGGAGGUGACUGACUUCCUGCCCAGCCUCCCCUGGGGCAGCGAGCAGGACGUCCCCUACGCCCCCCUGCCGCCCCUCUCUGGGUGCUUACCGCCCUCCUACGAGGAGGCCACCGGGAACCCUGCAGGGGAUAUGGUCCUUCAGAAUGAAGGGGCUUCACCUGGACCAAAUGAGCAAACAUAA